AAUUUGGGUACUCCCUUAUACGGCUAUGAUUGGCGCCAUGCAGGAGGAUAUCAAAAUAAAAGCUGGCCAGCCGGACGUCAACCCCUCGAACCGUCCCUUCUCCCAACCACUCGACUGCAGCUCUCGUAAAAUUGUGCAGGAAUUGUAGGCAACUAAUAUGACGAAGUCGUUGGUUCAUGCUAGCAUCGCGCUGCUGCUCUUCAUCGGUGCCACGAUUGCAGAUCCCAAAGUUGUGGAUUCAAGACACAACGUGACAUACGAAGGACUCGAUCGGAAUGGAAUCGAAGUUUUCCUCAACAUUCCAUAUGGCCUGGACACGGGAGGCGCAAACCGUUUCAAGCCCCCGAGGCCGCAUGUCCCCGUCGCCGGAAGAAGCAUCAGUGCCAAAUCCUACGGCCCCUCUUGUCCCCAGCAGCUCGGACAAUGGGUUCCGCCCAUCUCGCUGGGCAACAUCACCGACAUCUCCGAGGACUGCCUGAACCUGAACGUGGCGAGGCCGAGGCGCGCGUGUGCCAAGGGUCCGCUGCCUGUCCUGGUGUAUAUCCACGGCGGCAGCUUCUGGGCCGGCAACAACCACGAUCCCACCAUCUUGCCGGACGGAAUGGUUCUCGAGUCCGUCCGGAAUGGGCUGCCGGUUAUUCAUGUUGCGCUGAACUACCGCCUGGGCUUUUUCGGGUUUGCGCAGUCCGAUGCCCUCAGGUCCGAGGGUUCGGAAAACGCUGGUCUGAGAGACCAGCGACUUGCUAUCGAGUGGGUGAGGGACAAUAUCGAACACUUCGGCGGUGAUCCGGAGAGAAUCACUAUUUUCGGCCAGUCUUCGGGAGGCCUGUCCGUCGGCAUGCAGAUCAUGGCUUAUGGUGCCAGCAAGCCGGUGCCCUUCCAGCAAGGAAUAUGCCAGAGCCAAGCUCUUGAGCCUGGCAUUACGGGGAAUUUUACUAUUGAUGCCAUGGGGGCCCUGGUCGACUAUAUUGGUUGCAAUGCGACUGGCCUGCACUCGGAGGCAACAGUUGCCUGCCUGAGGGGCUUCGACAUGGAGACCCUCCUCGACGCGUCGUUGGCCACGUAUCAGUCCGACAUCGUCCACAACAUCGGCGACAUCUGGCUCCCCGUCGUCGACGGCGAUUUCCUCCCCGCCGCCCCCUCACAGCUGAUAGAGGCCGGCCGGUUCGCCAACGUGACGACCAUGAUCGGGUGGUGCGACGACGACGUGACCUUCUUCACCGACUUCGACAUCAAGACCCCAGACGACACCUACAACUUCAUCUCUUCCUACGUCCCGGGCUUGACCCGCGAGAACAUCAACGGGCUCCUCUCGCUCUACCCGGCCUCCGACUUCCCGGCAGACGAGUCAGCAUCCCUAUCUAGCGAGUUCUACCGCUCGGCGCGGAUCUUCCGCGACAUCCUCAUGACCUGCCAGCCGAUGUGGUACGGCGAGCACCUCGCCCGGGCCGGCAACGACGUCUACCUGUACGACUGGAACCAGACGAUCCUGGACCCCAUCCUGGCGCACCUCUACAACCAGUCCGGCCUGGGCGCCAUCCACACGUCCGAGUUCGCCUACGUCUUCGGCAACCUCUCGCACUACGACACGGCCGGAUACCCGUUCGACCCCGCGCCCGAGGACUACGCGCUCAGGGACCGGGGCUCGCGGUCGUGGUCCACGUUCGCCGGCGUCGGGAGGCCCGGGCUGGAGGGCCACGACACGUUCAGGGGCUUCGAGCCAGCAUUCUCCGGGGACCGGGACGAGGUCGGCAUCUUCGUCGCGGGGGGGCCGGACGAGGGGUUGUCUGCUAUUGACGGGCCGCGUGCGAAGAAGGCUCUGCGUGUCCAGAGGUUGAGGGAGAGAUGCGCGUUUAUCAACUCUCCUGAGAUUAUCGAGCAGUUGAGAUAUUAGUGUUGGUUGUCUUGGAUUCGGGAAUCUGGCAAGGUGUGAUUAUGUGAUACUUGUGGACUUGUUAGGUCACGCCUAACUGUAGGCGUUGUUUAUACAAAGUAGAGGACGGGAUCCAACUUUGUAUAGUUAGUUCGCGUAUCAGACCCUGCUGGGGCAAGCUCCCGAGGACGUGGCGUGGUUGGUUUGCAUGGGACUGCCCAGUAGGUGUUGUGUAAGUGCAAG